AUGUCAGCUCCCGUUCUUAGGAUGCCGCCAUCUCCGAUAGAUAAAACAAUGAAACAGGGACAACAAAUGGAUGAUUCUCAAACAAACUUCUUAGUUACUUCCAAUUUAAAUCCCGCCUCUUUUACUAGCCCAAGAUUGGCCCCGAUCCAGAAUAGAGGUAAAGAACAACUUCCAUCAAUUUCAAGCAUAAAUGAAUACCGCCAUGUUCAUUCUACUAGUUCUUCUUUCAACUCUUCUAUUACAAACCCUAGGAAGGAACCAUUAAUUCCGAUGUCAUUUACUAAUACUUCAGUACCAACGCCACUUCCACUUAGGCCAAUUUCUUUACCCACCGCGGCAAUGUAUCCGUUACCACCACCUCCCCCACCGAGCAGAGCUAGUCAGUCUAAUUCCCAACCAGAUACUCAAACCAACAACAAUCUAGAACACGGUAACUCUAUUCCCAUUUCUGUCAGCUCCACUCAUCAUGGAGAUGUCACUUUCAGACAACCGCAGCAACCACCACAUACCGGAGUCCGAUUAUUUGAGCCUUCGACAACGACCCCUUUUCCUUUCACUGCAACAACAACAACAACAACAACAACAUUCUCUCUGAACGCGACAAAUGGGAAACAACGGAAACUAAGGCAGGAGGAACGGACACGGGGACGGAAUCUAUGUUCAAAUCUGGAACAGAAUCUACAACAGAAUCUAGAACAGGAGUCACGGAGAGCUGCCGCUGCUGCUGCUCCUCCUGCUGCUGCACAAAACCUUAACGGGGACUGCAACAAAAUAGAGUUGCCAACAUCCGUGCCUCUCGCAGGUAAUGAUUAUAUCCACCAAAAGAAUAUUGGUACUACAAAUAUCAAAAACCGUAACGCGUGUACUAAUGACAACAACACAUCAUCAUCCAUUUUUAAUCCUACAAUUUCUGCAACUACUAAUGACAAUACGAAUACGAAUACGAAUACGAAUACGAAUACAAAUACAAAUACAAUUAUUAGUAUCCAUAAUACUAGCAGUAGCAAUACUUCCCAACUCAAAAUGUCAUCCAUGUUGACAACUCCUCCAUAUGGGAAUACUAACUUACAGCCAUUACGAACACCAUUAACUUCUCCGACAUUUAAUGAUAAGGUAACAAAUAAUAAUAAUAGUAACAGUGAUACUACUGAUUGUGCCAGUAGUGGUAGCACAAGCAACCAGGGUAAUAAUAACAAAAUACAACAACACGAAAGGAAGAGAACAUUCUCGGUGUCAUCAUCAUCAUCAUCAUCACAGCAACAACUACCGCUGCCCAUGAUUGCCCCAUCACCACCUGAUUUAUCAAAUAAUUCUGGCAAUAGUACACAAGGCCGAGGUAUACUAGAUUUGCUUCCCCUACCUGAAGAACAAUAUCACACAUGGCAACAACUAUUAAAACCCAAAGCUAAUUAUAAUCACAAUCACAAUAGUAAUAAUAUUAAUGAUAAUUUUGAUGAAGAUAACACUUUUAUAGAUUCUAUUUCGUUGGAAAGUUUAACUGUAUUAGCUUCUUACCUAGAGAAAACGUUGUCUGAUAUAAAAAAUGUAAUUCAAUUGAAAAUGAAACGACAAUUACAACAAAUGGAACGACCACCAGAUCCAGAUACUGAUUCUAAUAUGCCCAAAAAGAGGAAAAUCGAAUUACCUUCCGUGAAAAAUCUAUUAAAUACUAUAGCACCAAAUUCUAAUAUAAUGACAAAUACAGAUAUAAAUUCUAGUAGAAAUACAAGGAAUCCAUCAAAUACUAUUCAACCUAAUACAGUACAAAAUAAUAAUAACAAUACCUAUACUAAUACUAAUACUAAUAAUAAUAAUAAUAUUCCAGCAUUAAAUGAUAAUAUCAUCAGUCAGAGCAAUAAUACUAACGAUGCUCGUCGUCAUUCUUCCAUAUCUUCAUUUAAUCCUCGGAAUAUCACGUCGCAUAAUCUUCCAAGAACAAUGAGUCAUUCAAAUAGUGUUAAUAACAACGAGCAAUCUGGAAUACAAUCAGCUCAAAAUCAAUUUAUACAUAACUCAAAGCUACAAUCACGACAACCGUUUUAUGAAAAUGAAAACGGUAGGUAUAAUCAUGUUCGUAGUACUAGUCAACAGCAGCUACAACAACAACAACAACAACAACAACAACCAUUUAUAUCUCCAUCAUCUCUUUCUGGUACUUUGCAACCUAAUGUAGCUCCUACUUCUACUACAAGUAACAUCAAUAUGGCAAACGCAAAUUACUAUCCUCCCGGGACUGCUUUGUCACUACCAAUGUUAAGAACGUUUCCCUUCAAUGCAAAUAUGAGCACAAAUACAAACAUAAAUGCAAAUGCAAAUUCAUAUUCAUAUUUUUCAAACUUAAAUUCAAAUUCAAAUUCAAAUCUAAAUUCUUCGGCAACAAAUACAGCUUACAGUUCGACACUAAAUGACAACAAUAACUAUCAUAGCAACAUAUUCUAUACAAACCAAUCAAGGAUGAUAGACCUUACAUUACCAACAUCUUGUAAACAUUGUGGUGAUAAAGAUACUCCAGAAUGGAGACGAGGUCCAUAUGGUAAUAGGACAUUAUGUAAUGCAUGCGGAUUAUUUUACAGGAAAUUAGUUAAAAAAUUCACAAUUAAAGACGCUAAUUUAUUUAUGAGAUAUCAAAGAACAAUAAAUCCAAGUGAUCGUCGAAUUCCAUCAAUCAUUAAAAUACCAGAAACUUUUGUUAUUCAAUUGAAUUCAGACCUAUCAUUAGAUCGGAAUUAUUUCCCAGUUUAA